AUGCCUCCCAUCGUCGAUUAUCGCGCGCACAUCGCGCAUCCUUUCCUCCAACAUUUGGUCGCUCUCUUGUCCAUCUACGAGCUCGGCCCACUAUCCUCCCCGAUACCCAGAUACGAUGGUCCCUCCGACUGGCAGACCGACAGCAUCCUCCGCUCCCUCGGUGCCAUGGCCCGUCGCAUGUAUACCGCCGAGGAGGCCCUCGCAUCCAUCAAGGCGUCCGAGAGC